AUGGUGAGAGAAAGAUGGGAAGAUAAACUCGCAGCUGGUACAGAACAUGGAGUUAGAGGGCCAGGUGGUGUGACAGCUGGUGUUGGCGUCACAGCGGUGUGUGGCGUCACAGCGGGUGUUGGCGUCACAGCUGGUGUUGGCGUCACAGCUGGUGUUGGCGUCACAGCUGGUGUUGGCGUCACAGGGGUGUUGGCGUCACAGCUGGUGUUGGCGUCACAGCGGUUGUUGGCGUUGCAGCUGGUGUUGGCGUCACAGCGGGGCGGUGUGGCGCCGGGUGUUGGCGUUGCCAGCGUGUUGGCGUGCCAGCGGGUGUUGGCGCUGGGUGUUGGCGCAGCUGGUGCUGGCGUCUGCAGCUGGUGUUGGCGUCACAGCGGGUGUUGGCGUCACAGCGGGUGUUGGCGCUGCUGCUGGCGCUCGCCAGCUGGUGUUGGCGCUGCAGCGGGUGUUGGCGUCACAGCGGGUGUUGGCGCUACAGCGGGUGUUGGCGUUGCAGCUGGUGUUGGCGUCACAGCUGGUGUUGGCGUCACAACGGGUGUUGGCGUCACAGCUGGUGUUAGCGUCACGCUGGUGCUGGCGUCACAGCGGGUGUUGGCGUCACAGCUGGUGUUGGCGUUGCAGCAGGUGUUGGCGUCACAGCGGGUGUUGGCGUCACAGCUGGUGUUGGAGUGCACAACGGGUGUUGGCGUCACAGCGGGUAUUGGCGUCACAGCUGGUAUUGACGUCACAGCGAGUGUUGGCGUAACAGCUGGUGUUGGCGUCACAGCUGGUGUUGGCGUCACAGCUGGUGUUGGCGUCACAGCUGGUGUUGGCGUCACAGCUGGUGUUGGCGUCACAGCCUCUGCCAAACUACAAAUUUAUUUAACUAGCUGCACCUCUGUCACGGUACUUCACACAGCUAAUUGCCUAGUUGACAGUUAA